AUGCGUGCCUUCUCAUUUUGCUUUCUUUUGUGCUCCAUCUUCCUAACCUCAGUCAACCUUUGCCAUGGCGCUCCUCCCCUACCCCUGGACACCAGAGCUUCUUUUUUCGUAAGCCCGAGCGACCUUUCCUUGGUGCCGACUAGCUAUUUCCCCAACCAAAUUGAACUCCUUUGCGUCAACGAUGCCAAAGGAAAGCGACUACUGAGCGAAGAGGCCCUCGUAAACCUAGGAAUCGACGGUAUUAUGGUUUUGGGCACCUUCCCUGAUGAAUAUGCCGCACUCUUCAAAUUGCCGGCGCUCGUGGGCAAAGUUCGAAUGGUCCGUGGGUUUGCAAACAACCCUUUAUUGGGAGAUGUAACCAGUCGCGCGAUCCAGGAUGCUAUUUAUGGUAUUUAUUAUGACUCCUCGAACCACCGUUAUCAAGGCCAACCGGGAAGAAGAAUACUCAUUUAUCAGUUUCGGGGUAAUACGUUGGUCCGGGGAAUCGCCGCGCUUCUGUCGGCGAAUGCCCAAGUUGAAGCAGGUAGUACCCCGACAGCCCUGGACCUGAGUCAUAUUCAUGGAAUUUCCGAGGACCGUGCCAAGGAGAUUCUGAGGGCCUUGACAACAACUGGUACAGGCCUUCAAGCAAAGCCAACAACGAUGGUCGUUCGUGAGCGAGACCUCGUACAGAUAGUCAAGAACCUGUAUCGCACCGCCUUCUCGACCACUCUUCGACUAUUUACGAAAGAUUCCUUCAACGACCUGCGCAUUAGAGGAAUCUUUAUCAUUGUCGUCAUCGGUGAGCGUUAUCCUGAACUUGAGGCGGCAGUACAGCGGCACAACUCGGCCAAUGCGGCGGACCAGUUCUCUGUCGAGACAAUGAUCCUAAACGAAGACGAAACCAACAACUUGCGGAUUUACGCUCGGGCUCUUCGAGAGCUUGUCGAUAAGUAUGGUGAAAAACCUAUCGUAUUCACUCAGAGAAAAGGCAAUACGGGGACCGGGACCAUGGCGGGGAUGAUCUCGGUUCAUCAAAAAUCUCGCGAGGGUGCGGAACCUCUCGGUGAUCCGUCCAUGUUAGCGUGGACGCAUAGGAUUUCGAUCCAUCAUGGCCGUGCCCUGGUCGAACUCGGGGUAGCGUUGCGCACAUUGAGAGCCGGUGAACAAGGGACUGAAGUUGGCAACCCCACGACGGGCGCCGGGCCCAGUGCCGAUCGCAACCCAGCGAUCGAAGGGCCCGGAGGCGAAUAUCGCAACCCUGCGAUGGGCCGUGGGGCCAGUACCGACCGCAAGCCGACGAUCGGAAGAGCAGGGGCCGAAAAUGGCAAGCCAAAGACGGGCGGGCCUGGUACCGACGAUGCAGACAGUGGCAUUUCCGAGGGAGAGGAAGAGACCAUCACCGAUGCAGGCCGUGACGCUGCCGAACAAAGGCACAAGAUCCGCCCGGUAAGAAGCAGGGGGUUGAGGCCCUACAACCUCUGGCGCACAGCACCUCAAAAUGGUGAGGGAUCUAUCGGGCCCGACCUUCUCGAAUAUCUUCGCACUGCCAAGAACGUGGACACCAUCGUCGUCAUUGGCUCGGCUUCUGAUCAAGUCGCAAAAUUCCUUGCAUCUCCGGCGGUCCAGCGUACGUUUCGGGUCAUCCAUGUAACAUCAGGCGACGGACCUACUCUCAACUCAAUCUGGGAGGCCCUUCAUGGAAUUUACCGUACCCCCCAGAACCGGCUUAUUCAAGACCAGGUUCCGCAAGGCGCAUUUCUUUUUCAGGCGAAAAGCAGUGAGGCCGUUGGCGCAACGGCUGCGUUUAUAGACUUGAAAGCACAAGCAGCUUUCCCCCCAAACCCUGAAAAACCCGACGAGACCGCGGAUCAAGGACCAGAUGAGGCUGCUCGUCAACAACCAAAGGCGGGUGCGGGUCGACGGCCAAUGGAGGCUGCAGGUCAACGACCGGAUGAGGCCGCAGCUCAACGACCAGAUGAGGCUGCAGGUCAGCAACCGAAUGAGGAUGUUGUUCAAGGACCAAGCGCGGUUGAGGUGGGAAAACGUCAUGGAAUAAAAGAAGAAACUGCCGCACAUAUGAUCAAGGCCGUCCACGACAGUCUCAAUUUUCAUGCAGAUAAAGCAGCGGAAAUUACGGAGCGAGACCUUGUAGAGAUUAUGGGUGUUGGCCCCGACCGGAGACUGUUUCGCGCAGGACAGUCGACCUUUGCGCGAUUCUAUACGCAGAAAUCGCUCAAGCUCGUGCGUAACUUGGGAGUCGACACUAUAGUCAAUUUGGGUCCAGAUGACGAACUGGAAAAGCAGGUAGAGCUGUUCAACAGGGCCAACCAUAACACGCCGGGGAAUCAGAUAAGAAUCUUGAACGUCCCUCUUGGGGCGGAUCUUGCCGAAACUACCGCCCUCUUUGCAGAGGCUAUAAAGGAGGGCGGCUUCGGAGCAGGCGUCCUGAUUACCCAGCGUUUAGGCAAUGACGAGAUUGGGUUGAUGACUGGGUUGGCCCUAUUUUAUGAACAACUUCGCCAUGGUAAGGGGCAUACCUAUAACCCGAAGGCCUUGGCUCUCAGGAAUAUGAUGUCGCUCGCACAUGGCAAUGCCAUGGCCGAUCACAUGUACUCGACGGUGCAUGGGCCUAGCACUUCUAACGUAGGGCCUCCGCCGGCAAAGUUUGCAAGGAAGGAUCCCCCGUCCGAUGGAAAAGCCGAAGCAAAGGGCGGCAGAUCAAUCCAAUUUGCAGCCGAUUUUGCCGACAAGGACAGACAUCAAGUCAAAUGGUACGAGAGAACCCAAAAGGCUUUUAUUGGGCAGGAACCCAUUAUCGAGGUUCAGGGUGUGAGCGGCGGCGGCGGCGGCGGGAAACUAUAUCGUAUUGUGCCCUCGGAUUUUAUCAAGUACUUACCCUCCAAUGAGCCCUCGACCUCGAACGAGCAUGCAACUCCGAACGAGCACGCAACUCCGAACGAGCACGCGACUCCGAACGAUCACUCGACUCCGAACGAGCAUUCUGCCUCGAGCGAGGAACUAGUAUUUACAGUAGAUGGGUUAUUGGCCUUGCAUCGGAUAUUCGGAAUCAAUACAAUUAUCGAUGCCGGCGAAACUGGUAGAAUUGCAAGAGAAGUAAGGCGGUACAAUCAGUUUAUUACCGAGAACCUGGGCAAUCCAGAGAUGCAGGUCCAUGCAGGAAUGAUUAUCAAUGUUGUGACGCUAGCUAACGGGCCCAAUCAUGCUGACAAUAUUGCCCGUGUAACAAAGUUUAGUUUGCAAGCUCUUGGCAAACAAAAACACAUCCUGGUUGCUCAGAAGUUAGGUAGUGAAGCGAGCAGUUUGGUAAUUGGGCUGAUCCGGGUUCUUCGACAAGAUCCCCAAGAUAAUACACCUAUUAACAAUCCGGAAGAGAUGGCGAGGAUAAACAUGAUUCGGAAUCCCGAAAUUGCCAAGUUCCUGGUCUUGGUACAAGAAAUGAUGCGCAAUGGAAAUCUAGAUUUGGCCGGUCUGGGGGCGGCGUUCAAUGACGCUCCUCGACCUCAGACUCCACCUCCACAGCAUAACAUUGCCGGCCGUACAGGCGAUGACAGUGCCAGAGGUGUCCUUGCUGGCAAUAAUGGCAAACCGGGUGAACCUAAGCCGCCCCAAAUAUCGGAGACGGUGCGGGAAGACGGUCGACCCUACAAUCCUCCCCAGAGUGCACACCAGAGUCAACCCCUCGAGCAUAGACCGGGUUCCUAUCAUACAGGCGAUGAUGUUACUAGCAGUAUCCUUACCGAUAAUGAUGGCGAGCCCGGUGAACGUCAGCCGUGGCCAAUAUCGGAGAUGGUGUGGGAAGACGCCCACCCCAACAAUCGACCCCAAAGUGCAUCCCAGAGUCAACCGUUCGAUCAUAGAACGGGUUCCUAUAAUGCAGGCGAUGAAAAUGCCGGCGAUGACAACGCCGGCGAUGACAAUGCCGGAGGUGUCCUUACCGAUAAUGAUGGCUUCCCCGAAGCCAAGGAAGUUCAAGAGCCUACACCGCCUACAGAGCCAAAAGAAAAUUCCUCAGGAAGGCCCCAGAAAGGCCGGAAUAGCCCCAAUACGUCUGGCUCAGCCUCAAACCGACAACAUGGACAGGAUCAUGGACAGGAUCAUGGACCGGGACGGGGUCGGCCUGGCCCCCAUUAG